CGUCGUCGACCAUGAGCUACCCUCCAGGAAUGCCUCCGCCCCCUCCUGGCAUGAGAAUGCCGCCUCCGCCCCCCGGCAUGCCUGGAAUGUCCGCACCGCCGCCAGGAAUGCCCCACCAACCAGGAUUCGGUGAGCCUUCGAGCUCUCGUAUGCCUCCGGAGGUUCUCGCGCAAAAAUCCCAGAAAUGGAUCCAAAUGCAGAGGAAGAGGUACGGCGAAAAGCGUAAGGGCGGCUUUGUGGAUAUGGGGAAGCAGGACCUCCCUCCGGAGCAUGUCCGCAAAAUCAUCAAGGACCACGGUGACAUGAGCAACCGCAAGUUCCGCAACGACAAGCGUGUUCACCUCGGUGCUCUCAAGUACGUCCCGCAUGCCGUCAUGAAGCUGCUGGAGAACAUUCCUUACCCUUGGGAGCAAGUCCGCGAGGUGCCCGUGCUCUACCACAUAACGGGAGCUAUCACGUUCGUCAACGAGAUUCCCCGUGUCAUCGAGCCGGUGUAUCACGCGCAAUGGAGUACGAUGUGGCUCGCUAUGCGAAGGGAGAAGCGAGACCGUCGGCACUUCAAGCGUAUGCGGUUCCCUCCUUUCGACGACGAGGAGCCCCCUCUGGACUAUGGCGACAACAUUCUGGAUGUCGAGCCCCUGGAAGCCAUUCAGCUGGAACUGGACGAGGAGGAAGACGCUGCGGUUCAUGAAUGGUUCUACGACCCGAAGCCCCUCGUCGACACCCCACAUGUCAACGGGUCGUCCUACCGGUACUGGAACCUGACGUUGCCCAUCAUGGCCAACCUGUACCGCCUAGGUAGGACGCUCCUUUCCGAUCACACAGACGACAACGCCUCCCAUCUCUUCGACAAGAAGUCCUUCUUUACCGCAAAGGCGCUGAACAUGGCCAUCCCGGGGGGACCCAAGUUCGAGCCUCUGUACAGGGACAUGGACACCUUCGACGAGGAUUGGAACGAGUUUAACGACAUCAACAAGGUUAUCAUUCGCCAGCAGAUCCGAACGGAGUAUCGGGUGGCCUUCCCCCACUUAUAUAACUCACUUCCUCGGUCUGUCCACAUUGCUCCGUAUCACAGCCCGAAGAAUGUGUAUAUCCGCACUGAUGACCCCGACCUCCCCGCGUUCUACUUCGACCCCCUCAUCAACCCGAUCUCCCUGCGCGGGUUCACGCCUAAGAACGCCCCUCUCGUCUCACACGAGGAUGCUAUCUUUGGCCCGAACGACGCGGACGAUGACGACUUCGAGCUGCCGGAGGAGGUGCAGCCCUUCAUGGAAGAUAUGCCUCUUGAGAACGACCUUACCGCUGACGCUAUCGCCCUCUGGUGGGCGCCUGACCCGUACAAGCGUCGCUCAGGGCGCAUGCGUCGCGCUCAGGACAUCCCUCUGGUGAAGAACUGGUAUCUAGAACACUGUCCUCCCGGUCAACCGGUCAAGGUCCGCGUAUCGUACCAGAAGCUCCUCAAGUGCUUCGUUCUCAACGAGCUUCAUACGCGUCCGGAGAAGGCGAUGACGAAGAAGAACCUCUUCCGACAGCUUAAGGCGACGAAGUUCUUCCAGACGACAAAGCUUGACUGGGUGGAGGCUGGACUGCAGGUUUGCCGCCAAGGCUACAACAUGCUCAACCUUCUCAUUCACCGGAAGAACUUGAACUACCUCCAUCUGGACUACAACAUGAACUUGAAGCCCGUCAAGACGCUCACCACGAAAGAGCGUAAGAAAUCCCGUUUCGGAAACGCCUUCCAUCUGUGCCGUGAGAUCCUGCGGUUGACGAAGCUCGUCGUCGACGCGCACGUGCAGUUCCGACUUGGUAACGUCGACGCGUUCCAGCUCGCGGACGCGUUGCAGUACAUCUUCGCACACAUCGGUGCACUGACCGGCAUGUACCGGUACAAGUACAAGCUCAUGAGGCAAGUGCGCAUGACGAAAGAUCUCAAGCAUCUCAUCUACUACCGCUUCAACACGGGUCCAGUUGGCAAGGGUCCUGGUUGCGGUUUCUGGGCGCCUGGCUGGAGAGUGUGGCUCUUCUUCAUGCGUGGUAUCGUUCCUCUUCUGGAAAGAUGGCUCGGCAACUUGCUCGCACGUCAGUUCGAGGGCCGUAACAGCAAGGGCAUCGCGAAGACCGUCACGAAGCAGCGUGUCGAGUCUCACUACGAUCUCGAGCUCCGUGCGGCCGUCAUGCACGAUAUUCUCGACAUGAUGCCUGAGUCCAUCAAGCAGAACAAGGCGAAGACGAUCUUGCAGCACUUGUCGGAGGCGUGGCGUUGCUGGAAGGCGAACAUCCCGUGGAAGGUCCCGGGUAUGCCGACUGCUAUCGAGAACAUUAUCCUCCGCUACAUCAAGAGCAAGGCUGACUGGUGGACGUCCGUCGCGCACUACAACCGUGAGCGUAUCCGUCGCGGCGCGACUGUCGACAAAGCUGUCGUCAAGAAGAACCUUGGUCGUCUCACACGCCUGUACCUGAAGGCCGAGCAAGAACGCCAGCAUGGCUACCUCAAGGACGGUCCUUACAUCAGCGCAGAGGAGGCAGUCGCUAUCUACACGGCGACCGUCCACUGGCUAGAGAGCCGGAAGUUCUCCCCUAUCCCCUUCCCGCCGCUGAACUACAAGCACGACACCAAGCUGCUUGUUCUCGCCCUCGAGAAGCUCAAAGAGGCGUAUUCGGUGAAGGGUCGCCUGAAUCAGUCGCAGCGAGAAGAGCUUGCGCUCAUCGAGCAGGCCUACGACAACCCUCACGAGUGCCUGUCGCGCAUCAAGCGUCUGCUGCUAACGCAGCGCGCGUUCAAGGAGUCCGGUAUCGAGUUCUUCGACACGUACGACAAGCUCAUCCCCUGCUACGACAUCGAGCCCGUCGAGAAGAUCACCGAUGCUUACCUCGACCAGUUCCUGUUCUUCGAGGCGGACAAGCGCGGCCUCUUCCCGUCUUGGAUCAAGCCAGCUGAUACGGAACCUCCUCCAUUGCUCGUCUACAAGUGGUGUCAGGGUAUCAACAACCUGUCCGACAUCUGGGAGACGAGCGAGGGCGAGUGCAACGUUAUGAUGGAGACCGUUCUGUCCAAGGUGUACGAGAAGAUCGAUCUGACUCUCCUGAACCGUUUGCUCCGGCUGAUCCUGGACCACAAUCUCGCGGACUAUAUCACGGCGAAGAACAACACCGUCCUGACGUACAAGGACAUGGCCCACACGAACGCCUACGGUCUCAUUCGCGGCUUGCAGUUCUCAGCCUUCGUCUUUCAGUACUAUGGUCUCGUCUUGGAUCUGCUCAUUCUCGGCCUGCAGCGCGCGAGCGAGAUGGCUGGUCCCCCGCAGAUGCCUAACAACUUCCUGCAGUACCGCGACGUUGCUACAGAGACACGUCACCCCAUCCGCCUCUACUCUCGUUAUGUCGACAGGAUACACAUCCUCUUCCGCUUCACUGCGGAGGAGGCGCGCGACCUCAUUCAGCGAUACCUCAGCGCUAACCCCGAUCCGACGAACAACAACGUCAUCGGGUACAACAACAAGCGUUGCUGGCCGCGCGACUGCCGCAUGCGCCUCAUCAAGCACGACGUUAACCUUGGACGUGCCGUGUUCUGGAACGUCAAGCAGAGUCUACCACGCUCGCUCACUACUAUCGAGUGGGAAGACACGUUCGUCAGCGUCUUCUCGAAGGACAACCCCCAGCUGCUCUUCUCGAUGUGUGGUUUCGAGGUCCGCAUUCUGCCCAAGAUCCGCACUCUCAGCGGCGAGCAAUUCUCGCUCAAGGACGCCGUCUGGAACUUGACGAACGAGCAAACCAAGGAGCGCACCGCUCAGGCGUUUUUGCGCGUAUCCGACGAGGGCGUACAACAGUUCAACAACCGCAUUCGUCAAGUCCUCAUGAGCUCGGGAUCUACAACGUUCUCGAAGAUUGUCAACAAGUGGAACACGGCGCUGAUCGGCCUGAUGACCUACUAUCGCGAAGCGGUCAUCCACACCAACGAACUUCUCGACGCGCUCGUCAAAGCGGAAAACAAGAUUCAGACGCGUGUCAAGAUCGGCCUGAACUCGAAGAUGCCGUCACGUUUCCCCCCUGUUGUUUUCUACACGCCGAAGGAGCUCGGCGGUCUCGGUAUGCUGUCGAUGGGUCACGUUCUCAUCCCGCAGAGCGAUCUUCGGUGGUCGAAGCAGACGGACGUUGGUGUCACGCACUUCCGUGCGGGUAUGUCUCACGAGGAGGACCAGCUCAUCCCCAACCUGUACCGCUACUUGCAACCAUGGGAGGCCGAGUUCAUGGACUCCGCGCGCGUGUGGUCCGAGUACUCGAUGAAGCGGAAGGAAGCAAACGCCCAGAACCGCCGUCUAACUCUCGAGGACUUGGAGGACUCGUGGGAUCGCGGUAUUCCGCGUAUCAACACGCUCUUCCAGAAGGACCGUCACACACUUGCAUAUGAUCGUGGCUGGCGUGUACGUACCGACUGGAAGCAGUACCAGUUGCUGAAGCACAAUCCGUUCUGGUGGACUUCGCAACGUCACGACGGCAAGCUUUGGCAGCUCAACAACUACCGUGUCGAUGUCAUCGCCGCGCUUGGAGGUGUUGAGGGUAUUCUCGAGCACACCCUCUUCAAGGGCACCUACUUCCCCACCUGGGAGGGUCUGUUCUGGGAGAAGGCUUCCGGCUUCGAAGAAUCUAUGCGGUACAAGAAGCUCACGAACGCGCAGCGAUCCGGUCUUAACCAGAUCCCGAACCGUCGCUUCACUCUCUGGUGGAGUCCCACAAUCAACCGAGCCAACGUCUACGUCGGUUUCCAGGUCCAGCUCGAUCUCACGGGCAUCUUCAUGCACGGUAAAAUCCCGACCCUGAAGAUCAGUCUGAUCCAGAUCUUCCGUGCGCAUUUGUGGCAGAAGAUUCACGAGUCUGUCGUCAUGGAUUUGUGUCAAGUAUUCGAUCAAGAGCUGGAGCCGCUUCAGAUCGAGACCGUACAGAAGGAGACCAUCCAUCCGCGUAAGAGUUACAAGAUGAACUCGUCGUGCGCCGACAUCUUGCUCUUCUCUGCUUACAAGUGGAACAUUGCUCGCCCGUCCCUCGUCACCGACAGCAAGGAUGUGCUCGACGGCACCACCAGCAACAAGUUCUGGAUCGACGUUCAGUUGCGUUGGGGUGACUUCGACUCCCACGACAUCGAGCGGUACACCCGCGCCAAGUUCCUGGACUACAUUUCGGACUCCAUGAGCAUCUACCCAUCACCCACCGGUCUCAUGGUCGGCAUGGACCUGGCGUACAACUUGUGGUCGGCGUUCGGCAACUGGUUCCCUGGCCUGAAGCCCCUUAUCCAGCAGGCGAUGGCUAAGAUCAUGAAGGCGAACCCGGCGUGCCACGUUCUGCGUGAGCGUAUCCGGAAGGGUCUGCAGCUCUACUCGUCCGAGCCCACGGAGCCCUACCUCAACAGCCAAAACUACUCCGAGCUCUUCUCGAACCAGAUCAUUUGGUUCGUCGACGAUACCAACGUCUACCGUGUCACUAUCCACAAGACGUUCGAGGGCAACUUGACCACGAAGCCCAUCAACGGCGCCAUCUUCAUCUUCAACCCUCGCUCCGGACAGCUCUUCCUGAAGAUUAUUCACACCAGUGUCUGGGCAGGUCAGAAGCGUCUUGGUCAGUUGGCGAAGUGGAAGACCGCCGAAGAAGUCGCGGCUUUGGUUCGUUCGUUGCCCGUCGAGGAGCAACCGAAGCAGGUGAUCGUCACCCGGAAGGGCAUGUUGGACCCGCUCGAGGUCCAUUUGCUCGAUUUCCCAAACAUCGUCAUCAAGGGUAGCGAACUGCAGCUUCCGUUCCAGGCGUGCAUGAAGAUGGAGAAGUUUGGUGAUCUUAUCCUGCGUGCCACUCAACCGCAGAUGGUGCUCUUCAACCUUUACGAUGAUUGGUUGAAGUCGAUCUCCAGCUACACGGCGUUCUCCCGUCUCAUCCUGCUCCUUCGUGGUCUGCAUGUUAACCAGGAGAAGGCGAAGAUCGUUCUGCGCCCAGACAAGAAUACCAUCACGGAGCCACAUUUCGUCUGGCCCUCGCUGUCGGAUGAGGAGUGGAUCAAGGUUGAGGUUGCGCUCAAGGACCUUAUCUUGGCGGACUUCGGCAAACGGAACAGUGUCAAUAUCGCCUCACUCACGUCUAGCGAGAUCCGGGAUAUCAUCCUCGGUCAGGAGAUUGCGGCGCCCUCUGUGCAACGUCAACAGAUGGCCGAGCUCGAGAAGAGCUCAGAGGCGCAGAGUCAGGUUACCGCCGUGCAGACGCAGACUACGAACGUCCACGGUGAUGCUAUCCAGACCGUCACCACCACGAACUACGAACAGCAAGUGUUCAGCAGCAAGUCCGACUGGCGCGUCCGCGCGAUCUCCGCCACGCACCUCCCACUCCGUCUCCAGCACAUCUACGUCUCGAACGACGACGUCAAGGACGAUGCGGCGUCGUUCACCUACGUGUUGCCAAAGAAUAUCUUGCGGGCGUUCAUCACCGCUGCGGAUCUUCGCACACAGGUGGCUGCUUUCCUGUACGGCGUCUCGCCGCCGGACAACAAGCAGGUCAAGGAGGUCAAGGCGGUUGUGUGGGUACCUCAGCGUGGGAACAAUAACAGCGUCGAGCUGCCAUCGCAACUGCCCCGCGACGACUUCCUGCUCAAGGAUCUGGAGCCACUCGGGUGGAUUAAGACACAAGCGCUUGAACUCCCUCAUAUGUCGCCGACGGACGUCACCACGCAGGCGAAGAUCAUGGCGGACCACCCCGAGUGGACGUCGUCGUCGAUCUGCAUCACUGCUGCGUUCACUCCCGGCUCUGUGUCGCUCUCCGCGCACCAGCUCACCGUCCCUGGCUUCGAGUGGGGUCGCAAGAACGCGGACACGUCGCCGAACCCGCAGGGCUUCAACCCGAACAUGUCUGAGCGCGUGCAGCUGUUGCUGUCGGACCGUAUCCUCGGUAUGACGCUUGUGCCGGAGGGGCGGGUGUGGAACUACGGGAUUGGGCUCACGCAGCUGUGGUCGCCAAACAUCCACUUCUCCGUCCAGCUGGACACGCCGCUACUGUUCUGGGCCGAGGAGCACCGCCCGGCGGCCUUCCUUUCGUUUGCGAACCUCGAGACGGGCGAUGACAGCGCUGACGUCGAAAAUGCUCUCGCUUAGUAUGUUACGUUCUUGGGACCCUCUGCUGUAUCAACGCUGUAUACUGUACUUGUCAUCAUAUCAUGAAUUCUAAUGUUUUGCUAUCCUC